GUGGUUAGAAUAAUGCUUUAUUACUGUAUCAAAUAUAAUAAACACAAACGGUUGAUAAGUAGUAUUUUGUUAACUCAAGGUUUAUAUUAAGUGAGUUUUUAUUGUGUUAACUUGUGUAUUUAUGCUUUUUAGAUUGACUUUCUCUCUUUCUCUGUCCGUCUGUUCUAGAAACCGAAAGGAAAAGAGACGUCACAGCUGUCAGCAAUGUGACAAAUCCUUUACAACAUCUGGAACUUUAAAGAGCCACCUACAUAUUCACACAGGAGAAAAACCGUUCAGCUGUGAAGAGUGUGGGAAAACUUUCACUCGAUCAGGUCAUCUCCAAUCACAUCAACGUAUUCACACGGGAGAAAAACCAUUCAGCUGUGAUGAGUGUGGGAAAACUUUCACUACAUCAAGUCAUCUCAAAUCACAUCAACGUAUUCACACAGGACAAAAACCGUACAGCUGUGAAGAGUGUGGGACAACUUUCGCUCAAUCAGGUUCUCUCAAAUCACAUCAACUUAUUCAUACAGGAGAAAAACCGUACAGCUGUGAAGAGUGUGGGACAACUUUCACUAGAUCAAAUGCUCUCAAAACACAUAUACGUAUUCACGCUGGAGAAAAACCGCACAGCUGUGAAGAAUGUGGUACAACUUUCACUACAUCAAGUGAUCUCAAAAUACAUCAACGUAUUCACACAGGAGAAAAACCGUACAGCUGUGAAGAGUGUGGGAAAACUUUCACUACAUCAGGUAAUCUCAAAUCACAUCACCGUAUUCACACAGGAGAAAAACCGUACUGGUGUGAAGAGUGUGGCAAAACGUUCACUAGAUCAGAUGCUCUCAAAUCACAUCUUCAUGUUCACUCAGGAGAAAAACCAUAGUGGUGUGAAGAGUGUGGGAAAACUGAGAGCCAAGCCAGCUGUUUCCUCCUCCUGAUGUCCUAAG